UUUUUUUGUUUGGUUAGCCAAAAAGAAAGCUUUUUUUUUUCUUGCUCUCGACAAUGGCGAUGAAGCUGAUUACUCCGCCGUUGUCUUGUCCAUGGGUUACUUCAAGAGAGGUAGUAAUCAAAGGGCUUCCACGACGGAGACGGGAGUGGAUGACCACGAAGAGAAACAGAGUCUCUGCUGUCACGGCCAUGAUUGCGGAGCCUCUCUCUGCUGUUUCAUCUUCAGCGAUUCAGAUUCAUCAAUGGUGGGAGCAAAACCCUAAUUCGUUACUGUUCAUGGCUGAGACUGGUGGUGGUUACUCGUUGGCUAGCUAUUACACGUCUUUGGGUUUGUUUGUUAUCUCUGUUCCUGGUCUUUGGUCUCUCAUCAAGCGCUCUGUUAAAUCAAAGAUAGUGAGAAAGACGUUUGUUGUUAAUGAAGCUAAGAAAGAACCAAAGCAAGUAGCUGGAGAGAUUUUAUCUUUCUUCACAAGGAAGAACUUUAACAUUACUGAUCGAGGAGAAACGAUCACGUUUGAAGGGAAGAUGGUUCCAAGUAGAGGACAAGCGGCUCUGCUUACGUUUUGUACAUGUAUAAGCUUAGCAAGUGUUGGUCUUGUACUAACCAUUACAGUUCCUGAUUUCGGAAACAAUUGGUUCUUCAUCACCCUUCUUAGUCCACUCGCAGGAGUGUAUUACUGGAAAAAGGCGUCAAGGAAAGAGGAGAUAAAGGUGAAGAUGUUGGUUGGACCAAAAGGGAGAUUGGAUGAGAUUGUGGUUCAAGGAGAUGAUGUUCAGGUUGAAGAAAUGAGGAAGGAGCUUCAGUUUAAUGAGAAAGGCAUGGUUUAUGUCAAAGGUCUCUUUGAAAGAUCAUCAUGAUAUAACAUUUCACCUCCCAAUUUUUGCCUUUUGGGGAAAGUGUUUAUAGUUUGUUUUAAGGAUGAGAUUUAAUGACUGUUUAACUCAUUUUCAUACUUCAUAGUUCAUACUAAAUGAAUCAAGUUGAUAUAUAUAGAGUUCAUCUGGUUGAGAUA